AUGGCGGCGGCGCGGCGGAAGAGGAAGAGUGAGCAGCAGCUUCAGAAGUCAACCCGCAAGAAGAAGCAGGAGGAGACCGCGGUGGAGAAGCUGCCUCAGAGCUUCCUGCGGGACGGGCUGGGCUACGUGCUGGGCGCCCUGGGCUCCCGGGCCGGCCUCAGCGGGCUGUGCGAGAGCAGCGACGAGGAGGAGGCCCCUUCGGGGCCGCCGGAGAACCGGCCGGGGCCGCCGGAGGACGAGGAGGAGUCGGGGGAGGACGAGGAAGGGCCGGAGGACACCUCAGAGCCCUCUGAGGGGGAUGAUGUGGAAGGACGGUGGGAGAGCGAGAGCUCGUCCUCCACCCCCGAGGACGGCGGGGUGCCUGAGGCCAGCGAGCCCCCGAGCGAGCAGGAGGAGGAGGAGGUAGGGCGUUCGCCUCAGAUUACGCGAACCUGCUUCUCAAAGGACGUUCCACAACCUGAACGCAAGCACUUCUGCGAAGAGCCAAAAGAGAUUAUGUUAAAAUUAGUGUCUGUUGCAAACUGGGGUUUCAGUGCUGGACGAUGCCAGGGGUUUGGCCUGUGCCAGAGUCGUGAUCACAGUGCUACGAAGUAUGUUCCACCUCAAGUAAGGAAAGCUCAGGAGACGCUAGAUGACAAGAAAAGAGAAGAAUUGGGAAGACUGAAGAAAAUGGUGAAUGGUCUCAUUAAUAGGUUGAGUGAACCGAAUUUGUCCUCCAUUAGUGGACAGAUGGAAGAUCUCUACAUGGCCAACAGCAGAAAGGACAUGAAUGAAACUCUGACAGAUGUUCUCAUGAAUGCUUGUGUGACUGCAGUUGCCAUGCCUGCAAGAUUGAUGAUGGAACACAUCCUUUUGGUCAGCAUUCUUCAUCAUAAUGUAGGAAUUGAGGUCGGUGCUCACUUUUUGGAAGCCGUAGUGAAGAAAUUUGAUGAAAUCUGUAAAAGUGAUGCUGAAGGGAAAGAAUGUGAAAAUCUGCUUGCCUUGAUUGCUCAUCUGUAUAACUUCCAUGUGGUUCAUUCCCUGCUGAUCUUUGAUAUUCUGAAAAAGCUUGUUAGCAUUUUCACUGAAAAAGAGAUUGAAAUGAUUUUGUUUCUUCUGAAAAACGUGGGCUUUUCCUUAAGAAAAGAUGAUGCAUUGGCUUUGAAGGAACUGAUCACUGAAGCCCAGAGGAAAGCAAACACAGCAGAGAAGAAACUCCAGGAUCAGACUAGGGUUCGUUUUAUGCUAGAGACUAUGUUGGCACUAAGGAAUAAUGACAUGCGUAAGAUUCCUGGUUAUGAUCCUGAACCAGUUGAAAAACUCCGCAAAUUGCAAAGAACACUGGUUCGUAGCAGUGGAAAAGAAACUCAGCUCCGUGUCUCCCUGGAAUCUCUCCUCAGUGCUGAUCAAGUUGGUCGCUGGUGGAUCGUAGGGUCAUCCUGGAGCGGAGCACCAAUGAUCAAUGAUACAAACAACAAGACUCAGCAAAAACUGCAUAUAGGAAAGGUGAGUUCAAAGAUAAUGGAGCUUGCUCGUAAGCAGAGAAUGAAUACCGAUAUCAGGAGAAGUAUUUUCUGUGUCUUGAUGACAAGUGAAGACUUCCUGGAUGCCUUUGAAAAGCUUCUUAAGCUUGGACUGAAAGAUCAGCAGGAGAGAGAAAUUGUUCAUGUUAUCCUUUACUGCUGCUUACAGGAGAAGACAUAUAACCCCUUCUAUGCAUUUUUAGCAAACAAGUUUUGUGAAUGUGAAAGACGAUUCCAGAUGACGUUUCAGUUUAGUAUUUGGGACAAAAUCAGAGACUUAGAAAACCUGUCAGCUUCUGCUAUCUCCAACUUGGUUUCACUGUUGGCUCACUUAUUAAGGACAAAAUCAUUGCCACUUUCAGUUCUCAAGGUAAUUGAAUUCAGUGAACUAGAUAAACCCAAAGUCCGUUUCUUGCGACAAGUAUUAAGCAUGCUGUUGACUGAAACAGAUGCUGAAGAACUUAGUGACAUUUUUGUGAGGGUAUCUGACAACCCCAAACUGGGAAUGCUGCGGGAAAGCUUGAAACUCUUCCUUACCCACUUCUUACUGAAAAAUGUACAAGCCAAAAAAAGUCCUGAAGAAGCUAGCUUCUUAAAAGAAAGAGUUGAACUAGCAACCAAGGCUUUGCAAGCAAAAGAAUCCAAAUUGAAGCUAUAG